AUGCCGCUGUGGAAUAUGGCCUCUGCCUCUGUCCUCAUGCUGUUCUCACUGAGUCUGGGGGCCAACAGAAGUGGCCCCAUCGCAGGUGUGCAUUCUCAGGAGCCAGACUGCUCUGGGAUGGAAGCCGGAGGCAUCGUGAAAGCAGAUGGCCCCGUGAAACCAGGCCAGCCCUCGAAACCCUUUGCUGUGGUGAAACCUAUGAGAUGUGUGACCCCGGCUUUCACACCUGACCUCGGAGACAGAGACCAAGGCCAUCGUGAAGGAAGGGGAACAGACCUUCACCGAGACCCUGGCCUCCAAGGGAGGCCAAGACGCAUGCUGAGACCAGGUCUGCGUGUGGAGUCGGACCGCCGCGAUGAGCCCAGACACCAUGUGGAACCAGAAGCCACGCAGACCCCAUCCCUCCCUUCUACUGGGGGAGCGAUGGUGCGACUUACAGCACAGCCUGGGGCGGGAGUCCAGGCGCUGCCUGAUGCGUCUGGGUAUUGGGUCCUCACCGAUGCCCCAACUUCUGGCGUCUAUCCCUGCUUGGGGUUCAGACCCUUAGAGGGCUCAACUUUGUUCUUCACGCAGACCCCCUCUGGUACCUUUGUGUACGGGGUCCCAGAGUUUUUUACCCACAUUGCGCAGUGA